AUGGCUGUGCACAAUCUCCCUGCGUUCACCGCAGGACCAGAUCCGACGUAUUCUCCUCCAGAGAGUGAUACAUUUCCAUCUCCAGACGAGCUCGAAUCUCCCUGCUACGGAGACUCGUAUCCCCCGUUAUCCGAGUACAGCAGCCUAGACAGCAACAGCGGCCCCUGCUUCACUCGGCCCAGCGAACCGGUGGAUCCUUCAAACUCUCUCAACUGGAACGCCCCAUUAUCCAAUGGCUUCAUGAGCCCCCCCUCCGCCGUAGUCUGUCCGCCCGCCACCCACGGUCUGCCCACAAGCCCCCAAUUCGCUCCCAUGUGGCAAACCGGCGUGCCCACGCCUCUCAGCACCUCCGGCGACUUCCAGCACGGCUACAUAUCUCCCGAGUACACAGCGUCAGCCUUCCCCUCAGUCCCCUCGCCCCUGCCCACCCCGAGCAACCACGGCAGCCCCGCCUCUCUGUCCCCCGUAGUAGCCACCAAUCCCACCCCUUCCCCCCAGGACCCCAUCUCAAAACCCCUCCCCCGCAAGCGCGGCCGCCCUCGCAUCCACCGCCCGGCCUCGGAACCCUCAGCCACCGGUAGCACCAGCCCCGCCAAGCACGCCCGGACACAGUGCAUGCCACACACCGAGGUCGAGCGCAAGUACCGUGAGAAGCUCAACGCCGAGCUCGAGCGGUUGCGUAAGGCUGUGCCGCUUUUGCCCCAGAGCGAUGCCUCGUCCGAGUCGGGAGGCGUCAAGCCGAGUAAGAGUAUGGUGCUUGCUGUUGCUAUUGAUUACAUCAAGGAGCUGGAGCGUCAGCGCGAUUUGGCAGUUGAAGAAGUGGAGCGGUUGGGCGGGAAGGUCAAGUUUGGGCGGGUAGGCGGCUGGCGGAGGGGGAGUGAGGAUAGUUGA